AUGCAUUCCCGGACGAUGCUCGCGCUCACGAAGCCGGUCCAGAAAGAGGUCGAGGGAAGCUUGCUUGUCAACGGGCUCGCACGGGUCGUCCGGCGCGUCCAGCGGAUCGGGUGCCUCGAGGCGGUUGUCAUUGUCGGGGGCUUGAUGCUGUCCCAGGAUUUAACGUUGAACGCGCUGGCGAUUUGGAUGGCCUCGUCUCUCCCGCCUGUAUUCCUCAACGUGACGGACGUGGACCUGCUGCCAAACGCCGCGUAUGGCUUUAGCGCCCCCAACCUCGACGAACCAGCGCAAGCAGUGACUCCGUCACUAGGCACGGCGUCGAUCGUGAUCAAGGGCUUAAUUAAGGCGUCAGCGAUGCAGAGCACUAGCUCAAAUUCGCGCAUUCAGCCACAUCUCUUCUCCAAUCACGCCAACAUGAACGUCGCUCCAGCAGAACCGCCGGUCCUCCCCCCCGAGAUGCUCUACCAGAUCGCCGAACUGUGCGACUCCGACUCCGACGUCCUCAAUCUCAUGAACACGUGUCGCGAUCUGAACGCAAAUGCCUCUCGCUUCCUCUGCAAAGGCCGCGAAGCACACGUCCAUUCCUACCUCGACCUCCGUCUCCUCAUCGCCUUCCUCGGUGCAAAGGGCCAAGCACGCUGGCGACGUCUCGCUUAUCUGGUCAUCGACAUCCGCACCAAGGACAGUGUCGAUAUACACGAGUAUGCACAAUCGUUGCACGACCUUUUUUGCGCGCUCCACUCCGCCCCCGCACUUCGUCGGCUGACCGUAAAUGAGGUGGAGAUCUACCUCUCGCUCCAGCCCGGCCUGGCAACCAUUAUGGCUGGUUUCACCUCCAUCAAGAUCUUGACGCUUAUGCACAUCGGCCCUGAAACACUGUGGCUUCUCGAGGAAGCGUCUUGGGACGUGAACAUCGCCUUCAUCAGGAUCCUCCCCCAGUACCUAUCCCCUCAAGUACCCAUGACGAUCUUCCGCUCCCUGAGCAACAUGAGAGGCACGCUGCGCGAAUUGGACCUCGUCGGCUCGCGGAACGGGAUGUUCGCGGCCGCAGGCGACAUUCGGUUCGAGGCGCCCGAGCAUCUCCGUCUCUUCUUCGCGAACCCUCGGGAGUACUACACCUUCGCGCAGCAGCUCCCGAACGUCGUCCGCAUGUUUCCAAACCUCGUGGCCCUCGAGAUGUACGGCUCCGACAGCACCCACCGGCUCUAUCACCUGUACCCGGAUCUGGACGAAGACAGCGAGCCCGAGGCUGAAGCCCUGGACGUACGCAAGCUCACCCACGACAACGCGGCGUGGCAGCGCACCCACGGCUCCUGGAACGAGCUCAUUCACCUCGUCGGAUCUCUCGCCUCCGUCUACGGCCUGGCGCUUCAGCGCCCCGUACACGAGCUUCGGACCACGUUCGCUCCCCAUGGCGACCCGCUCGCGGAGACCGCGAUGCUGGUGGAUGCGCUCGAUGCGCUCGGCCCGCGCGUGCUCGACCUGCGCGUGCACACAUUCGCGACGGUCGAGCACCCCGGCUUCGCGAGCCUGUUUGCGCGCGAGCGCCUGCCGCAGCUGCGGCACCUCAAGCUCCACGUCUCCGAGGACGUGCUCGUGGGGGGUGAUCCGCAGCGCGCGCUCGUCUCGGUUCUGCACGCGUUGGAAGGCGCCACAAAGGAGCUCACGACGCUGAGUAGCGUGCACCUCUUUUUCCAGAUGGCGCCGGAACAGGCUCGGGGCGAAGGCGAGGAGAACGUGGACCCGAGCGAGUCGAUGGCAUACGUGCAGGCGGUGACGGCGCGGAUGCAAGGGCUCUUGGUCGGCGCUGCGGGUCCGACACUGUUCAUGAAGGUCACCGUUUCGCGUGAGGACGGGGAUUGUUAUGAAGAAGAUGAGGUAUCUCACACGUUUUGUGGCAUGAAGGUGGAUGGCGUUAUGUGUGUCGACGCCGUGAUGGAGAAGCCAUAUGAUAGCGACGACGGCGACAGCGACGGUGACGAUGGGAAGGACAACGACGGUGGGGAGGACUGA